AUCGAGAUGAAAAGAAUGAUAAUCAAGAUAUUGAUGCCAAAUCUACAAAUGAAGCUAAAGAACUUGUCAAUAAUGCUGACGAUAACAAGCCACUGCCAACAUUGUCACUACUUGAUUCCACUUCACUACCACAAAUCUCAAAGAAUAUUGAGACAGGUUCGUUAUCACCGAACUUGCGCGAAGUUAUUGACGAUAAAGGUCAAACCCACUAUUUCAACGUGGUCACCAACAAGAUGCAAUGGGAGUGGCCAGUUGUGGAGGACAACAUCGAAAAAACAGUUUCUUUAGAUCUUCAAACAGAGGAAAAUAAUUCCGAAAAAAUUAUAGAGAAUCAAUAUAUUGCAAGGGUGGAUGAAGCAGAAAUUUUAAACCAGCCAUUACCUCUUAUAAAAGAAACAUGGGAAGAAAAGUUCGAAUUGAUUAAUGGCAUAAUCGUUGAUAAAUAUUUAAUUGAACAAUCAAGUAAUCCUGUAAUAGAUCAUCGUUAUUCAAAAGUUGAAUACAAGAAAUCAAAUAAUAUGAAGAUCUCACAUGCUUCAAAGAUAUGCGACUCUUUUAUGCUUUCUCAGGGAAUAGAAAUUGACGCAAUUUCAGCUGAAGAAUUAAAGAAGUUUUUCAGGCUAUUCAAUUUAAAUACUAGAAACACUUCAAAUAAUGCACUUUUAAACGAUCUAAAAACGCACGAUGUUUAUUGUGAAAUUACAAGUGAGCAAGUUUCUGUUGAAUACAAUAUUCAAAAUAUUAAGAUCACUGCUGAAUUAAAAGUAGCCAUUGAUAAAGCUUUGGGGACAAAUACGCCAAUUGAAAAUUUAAAACAUAUUUUCAACAAGUUCGGGUACUUAUUUGCUAUGAAAACAGUAAUUGGCAAUAAAUUACAAAGGAUAGUACGUUUAAAUGGAGACACGAAUGACAACGAAAAUAAAUAUCCAAUCUAUUUGCCAGAAUUUAAUGAAAUAGAUAAUGAAACUUUAAACAGUUGGAAAAAAGAAAUUCAACCACAUGAUUCUACGUAUCUGUUGACGAUGGAUGUAUUCGAAACGGAAUGGCGUAUUAUCAAGCGCGUCGUUACCCCAUUAUAUAAAAUUCUUGAUAUCGAACAACAACAAAAAAUUGAAAAGCUUUUCAGUAAUCAAGAUCAUAUUUUAAUGACCAAUACAACUACAAUUUUGGAUUUUAACGCAGGAUAUCAACGAAUAGAAUUUAAUGAUAAACUAAAGAGCAACAAGUAUCAAAUCUUUGGAAAUGUUGUGGAUGCUAAUGGCCAAACAUUCACAAAUAUUUAUGUGAAAUUUAGUCUAAAGUCAGAUUAUGGAUUUUCAGUAAAUUGGAUUCAGGACGAUAUGAACCAUUUUGAAACUUUGCAAGCCUCGUAUAAGCUUAAAUGGAUGUUAAUUGGGUGUCCAAGUGAAAUCGGUUAUUUUGACGCGACAACUCGUGACAAAGAAAUUAAAACAGGAUCUACAGAAAUGAAGAUUACAUCCAUGAAAGAAGCAGUUCCGGAAAAUGAUGAUCUAGCACAACAAUGGACUUGCCGAAUAAAUGUUGAUAUGCCUCUUUCUCUAUCUUCUGUUGUUUCACUCAACGUCGAAUAUCCUACUACACAAAAAACACCAAUUUUCAAAGCAAGCGAGAACAUAUCUGAUUCAAUUAUCGAGGUAAAAAUUGAGCCAAUCGAUUAUGGGAACGUUGAAUUUUUGAAUUAUGAAGAAACUACGGUUAUAAUUCGAUGGUGUGUAUUGUUUUGA